UAAAUUAAGUUCUCCCAUCCAAAGUGAAUCGAAUAAAGCUUAACUGCAAUCGACCACAAUUGGCGUCCAGACAUACUCGUAUAUACGACUAUACUAUACAUAUGUACUUGUGUAUAAGCGAGGCGCACACGAAGCAUUCGAAAUGACUAACUAGCCUUGACGGGAAGGGGCAGGCUUCGAUUCACAUGCCAUAGUUUCAAACAACAUUUUAUCAGUGCACAACAAAUUCUGGAGCUGGAGCUUUCAUUUUUUUUUUUAUUCAACAAAUCUUUUGUUUGUUUUUGGAAAUCGGAGCUGUGCAGGGACAGCAAGACACUUUUAAUCAAGAAAGCGUUGAACAAAUAAUAUCAGAAAACUUGAACCAGCAAGAAAUUUCAGUUCAAAAGCUACAGUCAAGAGCUCCAUAAAAUUAUAGAGCUCUGCUAGAGCCAUCCAUGGAUCUAAGCCGCGUAUUGAAAAUCCACUGACGUUAUCAAGAUGAACGAUCCAACUAUUGGAUCCUCCUCGCCACACUGGGCUUGUCUGAUGGCAGCCGGACGCAUACCUAAUGGCCAUUAUCAACCAGAGUAUCCACAGGGAAUAGUGGAAAACAAUGCAUUUACGGCCAUGCCGCCUAAUAAUUUAGGCUUGCAACAGCAACCACAGACAUCGGUGGUUGGACCAUCACCAUCACCAGCACCGGCCACUCAGCUGUGGCCAGUAGCAGCACCUUUGGCAACCUAUUCGGGACUGCUGCAGCAGCAACAAACACAAGUUCAGCAGCUUCAAGGACGACUUCAAGCGCAAACACAGCUACAACACCCAAUACAACCGCAUACCCCCAAAUCGGAAAUACCGCUUGGCGGCGCUUCCAGCACUGCGCAAUUGAGCGGAAGUCGUGUGCCUGUAUCCGUGCACAGUACCGUGCGCAUGUCCCCAUAUGCACCUGUUUUUUAUCCCAUGGGCUCCAACUAUGGCACAACCUCGCGUUCGAGCGCACAGGAGCCGCCCGUGCAAACAGCAAGCGCGCGAUCGUGUAAUCGGGAAUUCGAUUAUAAUAUUGGCCAACACAGUUCGCCAACACCCAGUUUGUUUGGUUUGGACAACAAUGAACCAAAUCAGAAUAGCUUUGGGCUGGGAAUGAAUCUUAGGGCACCGUCUACGCCGACCGGCGGCUCUGCAAAUCGUGGUGUGACCCUUCAGGGCGAGUCCCUGCGCGAAGCUUGGCGUGAAUCCUGGCGAGAAUUUCAGCUAGACAUUCAACGUGAGCGUGAACGUGAGUCCGAAUGCGAACGCGAUCGCGUGCGCGACAGUGAGCGUGAAUUGGAUCUUGAGCAGGAGCGUGAUCGUAAUGCAUGGAUGGAGGACCUCAAUGAGAUCCAACGUCUUCCAGUCCCACCAUUGGACCAGUGGUCUAGCUAUAGCAACAGAAACAACAGGAAUCAGUUGCUUUCUAUGGAGGGAUCAGGACUGUCAGAAGUCGCACAACAGGACGAACCAAAUCAUCAGCACUAUCCUCCUCUAGACGAUUUUGGCACUGACCUCGAUUUCUGUGGCAUUGCGCGUGACGAGUACUUGGGAACGCUGCGUAAUUUAGUGAUACGCGCCAACGACAUGCUCCUGCCGUUGCUGAGGGGGGGCUUCGCCAACCUGACAGCCUCACAGAUAGCCGCCUAUACUUCGGCUAUAUUGAAUGCGCCGCCUUUGCAUCCAAGCCUGUUUAUGCCAGCCAACAUUCCUCGACCCUGGCUGGAUAAUUGGGAGCUACCGGCUCAUCAUCCACAGAGCCUCACUCCAGAGGAUCUAGCGCGCAUUAAUGAACGUCCUGAAAUGUCCGACGGCAGCACACAGACCGAAUUUCGUUGCUAUUGCAUGCAGCCUUUGGGGUCAGCAGCCCGUCCGGCAACGAUCUAUGAUAUAGGUCCUCGCAUAGCUCCGCCGCCGCCGCCUCAACCUUUUGGAGGAUGGUGGGCUCGCACCAUACCUGUGCCACUGCAUCCGUUAGGCGGACCUUUACGCUUCCCUGAACCAAUUCCCAAUGGGAGUGCUGGUCCAGGACCCAGUGGUCCACGUUACGGUUUCGGAUUCAACUACAAUGCCCCAAUGCCCUGUCGCUUUGGGCCCAUUGGCAGUGGACGUCCAAGUCAUCGCAAUAAAAUGAAGACUAAUACACAGCCACCGGUGCAUCCAGGACAAGCGUUCCAACCAUUUCAGCAAUCACUGCUGCCGCUACCACUACAGUUUCCGCAGCUUCCUACGCUGCAGGUGGAGCCGAGGUUGCUGUCCGAAGCUCAACUGCCAUUAAAGUCAACGAUGGACGGCAAUGAGAAAACCUUCGGAGACAUCGAGGAGAUCAUUACAAAUUCCACGUCAGUGCCCCAAAUCGGUAGUGAGCAGGCAACUCAAUUGGAUCGCAGCAGAGACACUGCCAGCACAGACUUGAGCACCACCCUGAACAGCAGCGACAGCCAUAAUACGAAACAGAUCAAGAAUAACACAUCAGAAUCAAAUAUAACAAAGGCUCCAAACAUAGCUAUAAAGCCGUCCAUUAAAAAAAAUAAUUCAAGCAGCAGUGACACUACAGAUAUUGAUGCUAUAAGGCUGCCCAUUACAAGUGGGAAAAGUGGUAAACUAAAUGAGUCGAGAGACAAUGCUUCCCGAGACAGAGAUAGACGUGCCUUAUCCCAUAUGGAUUCUUCCCGGAACAAAGACCAUAAUUCAAAUAAAAGUGAACUCUUGCAAACACCUUGCAAGAGCGAACGCUCUUCUAAAGUCCAUAAGAGUCGCCACGCUAAGGAUCGCAAAGCUAGCCCCACAAAAGGGAAUGCUACUCCUUCAAGAGUGAAUAGCUUAAAAAAGAACGCCACUUUGGAUCAUAUUUGUGGCACUCGCUCCACUAAUACUAGAGCUUCGGCAAAUUUGCGAAAAAGUCGUACAUCGAACUUCAUAAUCGGUUCUAAAGCGGACAAUAGCAAUGGAGAUUCAAGUCCAAGAGUCGAAUAUCCCAUAACAAAAUCGAUAACAAAUCUUACGUCGAAUACUCUCACAAAUACCAUGGCUAAUCCGAGGAAUAAAACCUUGAGUGCAGGUCUAAAGCCCUAUGAGACAUCUGAUGUGCGUCCCACCACUGGAAAGAACAAAAAGAAUGGAAGCACAAGCCAAGACAGCCGCUCAGCACUAAGAUUUGAGAGUGAUGAUCACGAGGGUAUGCUACUCAGCUCUGCGGCGAAAAUGCUGACCGUCGACAUAGAUAGGGAUCCAGAAAGAAACUUUAGUGGCAGUGCGCUUGAAGCCUCAGCCCCAUCAUUAUCUGAGAACGGCUUCCAAGGCAACUCAUCCGCCAAUAUUUUAGCAUCUAGUGUCCUUUGUGUAGCAAAAAUGUUAGCCGAUGACAUGGACAAUACUGUGCCGAAUAAUUUGAACACCAAUGUGAUGGUUAAUCCCAGAGUUCUAGUCGAUGGUAAUAUUAUUCCCACCAUGACUCCGAAUCUUAAUAAUAACAAUAAGAGAAAUUUGAGUGGAAAUGCAAAAAAAACGCUAUCCCCGGAAAUGUAUCCAACACUUAAGACGAGUGAAAACAAUUCAUUCCUACCGUCUGUUCAUUUGGAUCCUGGUAGCAACAACAUAAUGCUACCUCCGGCUGUACAUGCAAAUUAUGGUUGUAAAAACAAUGAUAUAUUGGAUGCACCACCAAGUGAUACCGUCAAUCGAGAAGCCAACGUUUCCGGUAUCCCAAGCAGCCCGUUGGAUUUACUUUGCACUGAUAUUGCUGCUCCGCUUCCAAUCAAUUUAUUAUCGUAUGCAUCACAGCUACAGGACAACUGCAAUACGAACUCAUACAAAAAGUAGAAAAAAGCACAAAUAACUCUGUGGACUGGAAACAUAUUGUGACUCGUCUAUAAGAACUCUCAAUAAACCCAAUCAUGUCAAUAUUUACUUCAGUGAAAUUUGAUGACGAACUUGUCUUCCAUGUCUAGUUAAUGUUAAAUAUCAUAAACACCGGAUUAUGCGUACUUCUAUGAAAGUAACACAAUUUCUGUACAAAAUAAAUAAGAAAAAAUGAAA